UUUCUGGACUUUGGACAUUUUUGACUUCAGUAUUUUGAUAUUCAAAUGCUGACGUCAGGUGAAGGCGGCUCAAAGAGAGCAUCUACCUGGGGGACAUUUUAGUCUUCAUCAGCACACAAGGAGAGACACCAGAGUGAAGCGGCUGAGAGGAGGACAGAAGAUCACACUGAAAUAUCAGUUUCAUCUAACAGAGCAAAGAUGCAGUGGAGUCUGUUUCUGCUCCUUCUGAUGGGUCAGUGUUCCUUCUUCAUGUGUCACCUCCAUGAGUACCACUUUGUUGAAGAGGAGAAGAACUGGACUGAAGCCCAGCAGUACUGCAGAGAGCAUCACACUGACCUGGCCACAGUGUCUAACAUGACAGACAUGGAGAGACUCCGUGACUCUGCACAGAAUCAAGAUGGAGCCUGGAUUGGGCUUUACAGCGACCCUGAAAGAAAUGAGAGAGGGAUGUGGCACUGGCAGUGGUCUCUGCCAGGGCUGGAGUCCAGGUAUAGGGAGAGUAGAUGGCAUAAAGGACAGCCGAAUAAUUACCGUUCUACAAAUGAGAAAUGUGUGCUGAUGGACAAUCACAAAUGGAAGGAUGUCCGUUGUUGUAGUUAUCAUAAAUGUAUCUGCUAUGAUGAAAGGAAGCAAUCCAACAAGACAUUCCAUCUGAUUGAAGACAAAAUGAGCUGGCCACAGGCUCAGAGCUACUGCAGAGAACAUCACACUGACCUGGUCAGUGGAGACCAACAGUUAGAGGACAACGAAUUCAAGAGAGAGUAUAAGUCAAACAAGUACGUGUGGAUCGGCCUGUUCAGAGACUCCUGGAGGUGGUCAGAUGGGAGCAGUUUCUCUUUCAGAUACAGGGGUCCACAGUUUAACGAUGACUCAGGCAGUGAGAGAUGUGCUGUGACCAUGCUGAAUGAUGGAGGCAGAUGGAGGGAUGAACACUGUGAUGAGAAAAAACCCUUCUUCUGCUACGGCGAGCGAGACCUCAGAGGACGCCUUAUAUCACUGCAGAGGGAACUAAGCAACCCUGACGAGCAGCGAUGGGUCCAAGAGAAAGCCAAGAAGGCCAACAGUCCCUACGUCUGGCUGGGACUGCGCUACACCUGCACUCUGGGUUUCUGGUUCUGGGUCAAUGAAGAGAUGGUCACCUAUAAGAACUGGGUCACAGGUGUACCAGCGGAUGACUGUGACAUGUCUGGAGCCAUGGACAGAGGAGGAGAACAUAAGUGGUUCAAAAAGAAUGACAAUGAGAAGUUUAAUUUCAUCUGUUCUACGUGCUAAACCCUCUAUACUCACUGUUAGCAGGCCUUUGAUUCAUUUACUCACUUUGUUUGCAGUGCUGUGUUACUUUUGGAAACAUUUACACUAUAACAUGUGUUUGUUGAACGGCAUUCUGGGACAUGUAGUAAUCCCAACCUGAGGGGGAGAGAUGUGAAAUCACCAGCAGACUUUUUAACAGCAGAUUUAAAUAGAGAGAAAGUAGCUACAUUGAAGUCAGUUUCAAAGCAGCAUCAGAUUACUGAGGAUGUGACCCUGUGAUGGGUUUUUCUGUCUCUUUAUUCUGAUUUAACAACACCUGAGUUAUCAAUAUUUGUCAUUUUCUGAGCUUGUUGUUGUUAUAUUUUAUUUCUCUAUCUUUAAUUCAUCUUUUGAGGUUGUAUUUAGUUUUCUGUAUAAUUCACAGUGUGUAUGGUCGACAUUUUUAUGGUAGGAACUGGAAUGAAUACACCAGUCUACAGUGUACUGGUUUGAUUUUUCUCCCAUGUAUUCAAAUAUGGAACAUUUUACUAUCUUUAUUUAGGUUUUGAGCAGUGAUGGCCAAAUGAGGCCUCAUGAACCACUGUCUUUAUUUUCUGAAGCCACCAGAUGGCGCUGUCUGUUUAACAAAGGUUUGAAAGCACAAUUUAUUGCAAGUGCUUUAUCUUUAAACCAAGAGUGCCAUAUGGUGGGGUCAGAAACUAAAGAAAGUGGUCCAUGAGGCUUCAUUUGGCCGUCACUAGUUUUGAUCUAGUUGGUUUUAUUAUGUAAAAUCUUUGUUUUUAAUAAUCACAUUUUUGGAGUUUUGUGUAAACAGAUAAUUGA